UGCACGCCGGUCAGGAGGUGGUGGUGGAGUGGGAGGAGGGAGGGAGGGAGCAGAGACAAGACGCAGAGAGAGACAGAGGAGGAAAAGGAACGACACGAACAAGCGAGAAGGGGAAGCGAUUGGCGAUCGAUGGUUGGCGGGAGAUGGGGCCCCAAGCCUGGAAGCGACCUCAGCGUCGUCUGUUCUCCUCCACGGGCCCCCCAUGCAAAGAGGGACAUGGACCCUGGGAUGGCGUGCGGAUUGGUGUGGAUGGGGGUAACGCACGCACACCAGACGCAGACGAACAACGAACCACAGCUGCUAGCACCGUCUCUGAUCCGUCUCCUCCUCCUCUCUUCUCCCACUGGGACAAGACAAGACGGGGAGAGGAACCAUCUGUGGGAGGUCGUGUUCAACAUCCUGGUCACCUCCACCGGGCGCAGGUUCGAUUGGAACCUCGUCCCUGACAUGAUCCUUGCCCCAUCCAGGCACUUCCAAAGGCUCCAGAGUGCAAAGGAACGUCAACCAGCCGGAAGGCCGUCAACCCUGCUCAAGAGCGUCUCUGCCCUUGCGCUGGUUCUAAUGUCCAGUAAUAGCCCAAGGAUUGGGUCGACCCACGCAGGGGCGCUGACGAACUGGGCCCCUCGUUGGGUCCUCUCUGGAGCCCAGCGCAGCCAAACCAGCCCAUCAUCUCCUCCUGUUCCUGAUUUCCUCAGCGUGGUCUGGGGGAAGGCCAGCCGCGGUGUCGUGUGGUUGAACAGUCUAGACUGGCCCGUCGUGGUCGAAGUCCUUGCUGGUGUGAGGAAACAAGAGAUUGAGGGUCCGGGAUUGGAGCAAGGAACAAUUUGCCUGGAAGUGAGCGGCGACGAUACGUACCGACAAGUGAUCUUUGUCAAGCCACAAGCAUCAGAGUAA